UUAAUUUUACAUCGGCGUGAUAUUUUUAACGCGUUUUCAAUAAUCGCAAAAAAUUAUAUUCGUGAAAUUAGAUUAACGAAGAGAGUAAAUAAGUGAAACAGUGAGCGCAUUUGCAAAAAAAAAAACUGCAUUUAUUUAUUAUGAAAAAUGCAUAAUCUUUAUUCUGCUCCAGAAAAUAAAUGAAAAAUUUAACUGCCUGUUAAAAAAAUAGUGCCAUUUUAUCUUAUACCGGGUGUCUUUCGAAUACUGCGCCUUGGCAACGAUGACACAAACGACGUGUGACGUACGCAUGCGUCACAUUAUCGACAAACACACUCGGCACGGUCAGUCGCGGCCGAGCCGCGCCGCGUGUGGUGCUCCGAUUCGAUGUCUCUCCUUUCAUCGACCUUCUGAUAUUUUUUUCCCGUCUACGACGCGUCGCACAACCGUUGAUUUUCUCCGAUCGGUGCGACUUUCAACUUCGGCAAAUGGAGCGACAAGCGAGAACGUCGUGAAAUCUCCCUUGUCAUCGUCCACCAUCGUCUAUCGUCGUCGUCGGAGUAGUUUUCCAAGUGCGCCGGUCCCCACGACAGGCCGAAUCGGCCGGCUGUCGCGUACGCCGUGCCUGAUUCGUCGGGGCCAAGGACGCUCCGUAAACACAGAGAGACGGCUCGCGCUCGCCUGACAGGUGUUGAAAAACAAAGACGGCAGUCUUAUCAAGCGCGAGAGGAACGAUCGGAUCCGGGGGGGAGACGCGACACGCGAGCUCGUGUCGUCGGCCAUGGCAAGCCUGGCGAGCAGCUCGUCGUCGGCGGGCUUGACCAAGGCCCCGACGAUGUUGGAACAGUUACUCGAGGAGAUCAAUUUCCAGAGAACGAAGGAGCUCAGGCAGAUGCUCAAGGAUGAUUCCGGAUUUGUCGUACUGCAAGGCACAACGUACUGGACGGAUUUGUUCGUCCGCCACUUCCUCUUUCAAGCUGAGCACACCAUCGACGGCGACGACUUGCUCUUCUUUGUCCGGAAGAAGCACGUGAAGACCUCGUCGAGGUAUUUGCCCAAGUUCGAGACCGAGGUCGACGUAUUUCGCAAGGACAGCAAGAAACUGCCGAUCGGCGAUCCCGACAUCGAUUGGGAGGAAACCGUGUACCUGAAUCUCGUCGUGCAUCAAUUCGACUACACGCUCACCUUAGCGAUCUGCACGAGAACGAGCCCCAAGGAAUUGCAAGUAUUGCGAAGGCAUUCUCAGAAAGUGUACGCCAGUCCGAGUCGACGGCGUAUGGACGCCAAGGGUGACCUUGAGGAAAUGACGUACCCACACAUAUGCUUCAUGGUGGACAAUUUCGAUGAAGUUUUCUGUGAUAUUUUAGUAAGGGACGGGGAGAUGGUGUGCGUGGAGCUGGUCGCUUCUGAUCGGGAAGGCGCGAUACAGGGCGUCAUUUUUCUCGGCUCGAUCAGAUACGAUGCUUUGAAGAAAGUUUACGACGCGAGAUCAAGUCUGAGCACCAAAAUGGCACAGCGGAUGACGUUCGGCCUUUUCUCCGGCGCGGCCUCGCAAAGAAUAGAAUUCGUGCGCAUGAAGGGACCACGUGGCAAAGGACACGCGGAGAUGGCUGUCACGAAACCGAAGGGUUCCGGCGCAGAAACGCCGACGUCGGAACCGGGUUAUUGCGCGACCGACGCCCUGUGGGACGCCGACUGGGACGACGCCGAGGAGCUCUUCAUGUAUCGCCAUCAACGAAGGCUGUCCGAUCCCAGCGCAAAUCUGAACAACUUCGUGCGCGGCGGCUGGAGAACGAAGCCGGACACGGCGGCCACGAAAGCGAGAUCGGAAAACGAGGGUCUCGAUUCCAUGGCGAACGGUCUCAACGAAAUCGAAGCCGGUGACGUGCGAGAUGCCGAUGUACAGGAUAGCGACUGGGGCGGCCGGGGCUCACCGGGCAACCGUAGGAGGCCCUGCUCGCUCCGCCGGCGAAGAUCGCCUCAUCUGCCGUCGGCCCGGCAACAACACCCCGUCCACAACAAGCAACGUAACGCCCGGGAGCAACCCGGGACGAAUGAGAACUCGCCGAUACGCAAGGAGGCGAUCUAUCGCGAGACACACGGUUUCCACAAUCACCAGCAGAACAAUCAUCAGCAGAACCACCACCAGCACCAACACAUAGAGGUGGGCAGCGAGAUCUUAGUGCCGGCCGGCCGUUGCUUAACGGACGACAACGUACGACAGAAGCUAGACUCGGGCGCGAUAAUGGUGCACGGCAAGGAGGAACUGCCGCUGGGCUACGACGUGGCGACCGAGGACAAUAACCGGAAACGACGGCCGUACAGCGCCGGGCACCUGCUCAACCACUAUAACGGCUUGGAGAUCGAGGAGGACGAGGAGCGCAAGCGGCUCAGCGACGACGAGCUCCUCAGGGUGAGGCGUAUGGACGGCCGGCGCCGUCUGCGGAGCGCCGGCUCCGAUCACGAGGACUACGCCAACGGGCAGAACAGGAACAAGAACGACGAGAUCAGAGACAGAAACGCGAACGCCCAUCACGUGACGCGCGCCAACGGCGACGUCGCCGCGCGUCGCCAGAGCGCGACGCUGCCCCGAAGACGACGUCGCAGGGCGCUCUCUGGCAGCUUCGCGGGUAACCCUUUGCCCCCGCAUCGCGUCACCCCCGACGGCACCGCGAUCUACUACUGGUGCGAGCUCCCGCGCCGCCCCGGCUCACAGGAGCUGGACGACGGAGCGUAUAAUCCGCUGUGGACGAUGCGAGGGUUCACCCAAACCUUUCAUUUCUGGAAAGAGACGAGGCGGGCGCAGUCCGUGCCUCUCAACGCCUUUCUGACGUACAUUACGUUACCGUGGUGGAGCAUAGCCAAAGAUAUUUUGGAUCACCGGGAAGGACCUAUCUUAACGUUCUAGCCGACCGUAUAAUUACAUUCUACUUCUUUCAACACUUUCCUUUUUUUUUACUUUGUAUGUCGACGUAAGAUUGUGGCCCAAAAAGUUAUAUAAUAAUGUAUAAAUUAAAUAAUAAAUUAAAUAUUAUUUACAAUC